AUGAGCUUGAUCGACGUCUCUCCCGGCAGCGGUGGCUUGGCCUUUCGCGGUAUCUCGGGUGGUACGCAUCAGAUCCAGCUCCUCAUUUACCCGGUGGAGGGCAGCUUGCAGUUGAUCCAGGGCGGGCGUGGGUCCGGCGGGAAGCGUCGGGGUCGGAACGGCCGGAGUGGCCGCGGCCGCAACGUGACCUCGCUGGGCCACGGUUGCUUCGGCCACCUGAAGGGCAGUCUGGACCCGAUCGAGGCUGCCGCGCGUAAGCUCGCGCUCUUGCCCAGAAACCUGCGUUCGGAGAUUCGAAAUGUCCGCCGCGGCGAGAUCGAGCUGGUGGUCCAGUCGAUCACGAUCGGCGUUAGCAGUCGCGAGAUUGGCCUGAGCGCGUGUCAGUUGGCGAUCCAGAUCCUGGAUCUCGGCGGCAUGCAGGGCUAUCUGAUCCCGGAGGCCUUGGACCAGCUGCGGACCCUGACCCUGUGCUUCUUAUUCCAGAGCGGUGCUAAUAUCUUGAUCAGCAAUCCGUCUGCUUCUAGAGCUAAGGCUAGGAGAUGA